AUGGGAAGUUGUUGUACAAACCACCUCCUUCUCCGCAUCGACAUGCACACUCAUAUUAUGCCCCCUUCGCUCCCUGACCUCUCCUCAUAUCCCUCCAACACUCCUCCCAUAUCAUCCUCAGACUCAGAUUCAUCCACCGCAUCAGCCUCAGAAUCACCAUGGCUCACCCUCCGCCCAAACCCCGCCAACCCAGACGAAGUAGACAUGUACAUAGGCGACCGCUUCUUCCGCACCGUCGAGAAAAACUGCUACGACACGGCAACAAGACUCGCCGAGAUGGACGCCGCAGGGACAGACGUACAAGUCCUCAGCACAAUCCCCAUCCUCUUCUUCUACGACCAGCCCUCCGCCCCCGUGACCGUUCUCGCUAAACACCUAAACAACCAUAUCGCCUCCAUCUGCCGCCAACAUCCCACCCGAUUCCUCGGCCUCGCAACCGUGCCCUUACAAGACGUCCCCGCCGCCGUCGCAGAGCUGCACCGCGCAAAGCACGAGCUAGGGCUCCACGGCGUCGAGAUCGGAACCACAAUCGACGGGGUUACACUCGACGAUCCAACCCUGCAUCCGUUCUGGGCUGCAUGCGAGGAGCUGAACAUGCCCGUCUUCGUGCACCCGCUCGGCUACACCUGGCCGAAGGAGAACCCGCGCCGCUGGGCAAAGUACUGGAGCAGCUGGCUCAUCGGGAUGCCGUGCGAGACGGCGCUAGCACUGCAUCUGCUGACCUGCUCCGGGACGCUGCUGAAAUUCCCGAGGCUGAAGCUGUGUUUCGCACAUGCGGGGGGUUCGUUCCCUGCGUUACUGGGAAGGAUCCAGCAUGGAUAUGACUGUCGGCCGGAUCUGGUGGCGGGGGAUGCGGGGGGAGUCACGCCCACUGAGCAUGCGACUGUGCGGGAGAAUAUCUGGAUUGAUAGUUUGACGCAUGACGUUGAGUUGCUGGAGUAUCUGGUGAAGAAGGUUGGGGCGCAUAAGAUGAUCAUGGGGAGUGAUUAUCCAUUUCCGCUUGGGGAGGUGCCUGAGGCAGGGAGAAUGAUCGCAAAGGAUGGACGGUUGGAGACAUUCUUGUCUUGGAGGCAGCGGGCUGAGAUUCUCGCGGGAAAUGCGUUGAGGUUUUUGAAUCUGGAUAAGGAUGAGAAGUGGGCAGGGUUGAUGGAGGAGAGGUGGAGGAUGUUUGAGAAGGUAUAUAUCAAGUGA